AAUUUGCCUACGUGGUCAUGUGUCAUCCUCAGCGAUUGGGCAGAACUUUGUGAAAAGUCCCAAACACGCAAAUGCAUGCAAAUUGUCUUGCCAGCUGCGUUGACUGAAAGGAGGCUUUUUUGUUGUUACCAAGUUAACCAAGAUCAACUCUUUGAAGGUGAAAAUAACAAGGAAUCAAAGCGGCCCACCGCAACGGCGUGCAACAUGGAGUACACAUUUAGAGCCGUAACUCAUACCCCUGGGAUUAUCAUCUGGAGAAUUGAGAAAAUGGAGCUUGUUCAAGUCCCCGAGAAGUCCUACGGACAUUUUUAUGAGGGUGACUGCUAUGUUGUUCUCUAUACCCAAAAGGUAAAAAACUCCCUCCACUAUGACAUCCACUUCUGGAUCGGCUCACAGUCCUCUCAAGAUGAGCAAGGUGCCGCUGCAGUUUACACCGCACAAUUGGAUGAUUAUUUGGGUUCCACACCGGUCCAGCACAGAGAAGUUCAGGAGCACGAGUCCGAUGUGUUCAGGGGUUAUUUCAAGCAAGGAAUAAUCUACAAGAAAGGUGGAGUUGCGUCGGGCAUGAGGCACACUGAAAUCAACACCUACGACGUUCAGAGGCUGCUUCAUGUCAAAGGGAGGAAACGGGUAGUGGCCAAGGAGGUGGCACUGUGCUGGAAGAGUUUCAACCUCGGCGAUGUGUUUUUACUGGACAUCGGAAAAACCAUCAUCCAGUGGAAUGGACCGAAGAGCAACAAGCAGGAAAGACUGAAA